AUUUUGUCAAAUUUGACAGUUUUACGAAAAGUUUGUUGACGGAAAUCUUGUAACCACAUUUACAAUUUGCACUUUUAAUUACAGGCCGCGACUGCCCUAUAUUUAAACCCGAAAUGGCGACAGAAAUCUUAAAAUCGUUCAGUCAUCUGCAAUCGGAACUAGAAGAGGCGAGAAGCAGCCUUAAGGGGGUCGAUGAAAACAUUAAGAAACUCAUCGGUAGAGACCCCAACGAAAUAACACCCCGCCAGCCCAUAAAACGGACCCUGGAAGAGCCCAAGACGCGACAAUCGUUUUCCAAAUUCACCCGUUAUGAAAGCGAUGAUAGUCCGAAGCCUAGACGAAACCAAAGUUCACUGUCAGUGUUUAAAAGGUUGUCUGAUAAAGUACCUGAUGAUCAUGUAAGACUACCUUCAAAGGGGCUGAUAAGCAAAGUUAUUGCAGCCCCUAAAGAAGUGCCUAGUAGGCAGGCUGUGCUUGAUAAGCAAAAUAAAGAUGUAAAGUUUAAGGAGAGGAAUAGGAGAAUGUUUGGUGCCUUGUUAGGUACUUUACAGAGGUUUCAGCAAGAGGAGACUAAGUUAAAGAAGAAGGAAGAUAAGAGGACCCAAAUAGAAAAAAAAAUUGAAGAACAUGAAAAACAAGAAAAAGAAGAAAUCAAAAAGGAGAGGCAAGAACUAUUUUUAAACAGGAAAAAGAAGCAACAAGAAAUCAGGAUGAUAGAACUGAAAAUGCUCAGAAUGAAAGAGUAUACUGUAUGGGAACAGACACAGAAACCUAGAAUGAAUUUUAUUAUUUCCAAAGCAAAACCCCAUAUACACUACCUUCCUAGGAGGAUGUGUGAUAAAAGCAAUGAAUUACUGGACAAAUCUAAAAAGAAUAUUGAAGAGCAAAUUGAAAAACGGAGGAAAGAGGUGUUUGAAGAACUGAGCCACAUAGAGGAAAGGAUGAAGAAGAACUUUGAGUUCAGAAAUCACAUUGAAAAGAAAGAGGGAGAAGAGGAGGAACAGGAAAAAACUGGCGAUAAACAUGAUCGGCAUCAAAGUGAUAGUGAACUGGAUGAAGAUGGAGAUGCAUUAAUAACUACACUAUCACCAGAGCAUAAGCCACAAAUUGAGGAAAAAGUAGCAGAGGAAAAUCAAGAAACAUCUAAUAAUCAGGAGGAAGAAAAUAAAACUUUAAAUCCUCAGGAGGCUUUUACAGAAGAAGAUUCACAAAAAAAUGAGACUCAGUUAGAUGAACAAGUUGAUCCAGAAAUUAAUCAUGAACUAUCUAAUAAAGUUGAGGAGCCAGUGGUGACUAUAAAAGCAGAGGUGAACACUGAUAACUGUCAAAACAGUGAUACCACUUACACAGCUGUCACUGAGGGUGAUCAGAAUACUUCUGUAGUGGAGAACAAUGAAAGUAUGUGACGUAUGGAGUAUAGACACAUAAACACUUGGGUUUCUAGGUUUAACCAUUGAAUGUUUUUUAUGGUGUGUAAAUGAAUGUUUUCUUUUGUGAUGUCUGGAAAAUGAUCCUAUAAUAUUGUUUUAGGAAGCUUUUGCUAAGAAUAGCAGAUUGUUUUACAAUUAGAAAUAAAUUUUCUAGCCUUGUAAAUACAUGCUCUUAAAAAGUUUCAAUUGAAAGUUAGAAGUUAUUUUUAAUAAUAAGAUGCAAAUGAUAAUUAUGAAUUCAAAGAAUAUUAAAACCCACUUUCUUAAAUACCUAAAACUGUUUUUUAGUGACCUAUGAUAAUUUUUUGAUUGAAUAUUGUAGGUGUUCAUGAUAUUACUAAUCAAGCAGCAAUAGAUCUAUCAAUGUUAUGGAUGUUAAUAUCAAUGUAAUAGGGUUUUUUGGGCAAGAAAACUUAGUGUACAUUAUUUGUCAUGUUUCCACCUGUACUUACAGGGUUAUUCCAUGAGUAUUAGAAAAAAACAUUAAGAGAAAGUUGACCCUUCCUGGCAAAAAAGAUUCUGAUUUCAAAAAUAUAGUAUGUAAACAUUUAAUCACACCAUUUUAGAGUAAUUUAAGCUUUAGCUUUUUAAACACUAUUUUUUGAAUAUUGUUGGUAUUUUACAUUAUAAUUACUUUUUUCCU